UUAGCAAGCGGAGCUUCGUUCUGCCGCCGCCUCCUGGGUGUCACUUCUGACCAGAGCGGGACAGAGGCGAAGCUUGGCUGUGGCGCGGUGAACGGAGCCUCGAGCCCGGGCCCGGGGCAGGGAGGAGGAGCUGGGGUCUGCCGACCCCGCGGGGUCCCAGGAUGGCGGCGGCCCUGAUAGACCUGGGGCAGGCAGCUUUCACCUUUGAUGAUGUGGCAGUCACUUUCACCCAAGAGGAGUGGGGGCAACUGGCCCCAGCUCAGAGGACCCUGUACCAGGAGGUGAUGAUGGAAAACUGUGGGCUUCUGACUUCUCUGGGGUACCCUGUUCCUAAACCUGAGUUGAUCUGCCAGUUGGAGCAUGGGCAAGAGCUGUGGAUAGUGAUGAAAGACCAUUCCCCAAACACCUAUGCAGGUAACAGUGGAAAAACCAAGGCUAUAGAACUUAGCACAUGUGACCCAGCAGAAAGCUCACUCCAGGGAGAGUUAAUACAAGAAGCCUCAGGGAAUUUGCAGUUGGUGCAAGCUCAGUGUCGAAUUGGUUCCUCAGAAAUGCACCAAGGAAUCUUGCAAGCAGGAAUAGAAUUUCAAAGUGAAACGCUUCCUGGGAAAAUGAGCCCUGGACAUGGUAGUUCAGGAACAGCUGAGGAUGUAUGUUCAAGGGUUGUACAGAAGCACAUCUCUUCAGGAGCUGUUCAUGGCCCUGACUCACAUGGGUCAAGUAAAGAUCCAGUGAUUCAAGAGGAAGAAAAUAUCUUUAAAUGCAAUGAAUGUGGGAAAGUGUUUAACAAGAAGCGCCUCCUUGCUCGACAUGAGAGGAUUCACUCUGGAGUGAAGCCCUAUGAAUGCACAGAGUGUGGGAAGACCUUCAGCAAGAGCACGUACCUUCUUCAGCAUCAUAUGGUCCAUAGUGGGGAGAAGCCCUAUAAGUGCCUGGAGUGUGGGAAGGCCUUCAACCGCAAAUCCCACCUUACACAGCACCAGCGGAUCCACAGUGGGGAGAAGCCUUAUAAAUGCAGUGAGUGUGGAAAAGCGUUCACCCACCGCUCUACUUUCGUCUUGCAUAACAGAAGCCACACUGGUGAAAAACCUUUUGUGUGCAAAGAAUGUGGAAAAGCUUUUCGAGACAGACCAGGUUUCAUUCGACACUACAUCAUCCACAGUGGGGAGAAUCCCUAUGAGUGCUUUGAGUGUGGCAAGGUCUUCAAACACAGGUCAUACCUCAUGUGGCACCAGCAGACUCACACUGGGGAGAAGCCCUAUGAAUGCAAUGAAUGUGGGAAAGCAUUUUGUGAGAGCGCUGCCCUGAUCCACCACUAUGUCAUCCACACUGGCGAGAAGCCCUUUGAGUGCCUCGACUGUGGGAAAGCUUUCAACCACAGGUCGUACCUCAAGAGACACCAGCGCAUUCACACCGGGGAGAAGCCUUUUGUUUGCAGUGAGUGUGGGAAAGCCUUUACCCACUGCUCUACUUUCAUCUUGCAUAAAAGGGCCCAUACUGGAGAAAAACCCUUUGAGUGCAAAGAAUGUGGGAAAGCCUUUACCAAUCGGAAAGACCUCAUUCGCCACUUCAGCAUCCACACAGGAGAGAAGCCCUAUGAGUGUACAGAGUGUGGGAAGGCCUUUAACCGAAGGUCAGGACUUACAAGGCACCAGCGGACUCAUAGUGGAGAGAAACCCUAUGAAUGUGAUGAGUGUGGGAAAACUUUCUGUUGGAGCACAAACCUCAUUCGGCAUUCCAUCAUCCACACUGGGGAGAAGCCGUAUGAAUGUGGUGAAUGUGGAAAGACCUUCAGCCGCAGCUCAUCCCUCACUCAGCAUCAAAGGAUGCACAGUGGGAGAAACCCCACCAGUGAAACAGACAAGGGAAGAGCCUUCACAAGUGGGCGAACAUCUGUCAACAUCCAAGAACUUCUACUAGGGAAUGACUUUUUGAAAGUAACCACUGAGGACAGCGUUUUACAGGCAGAAGCGUCUUAUAUGGUAUCUGAUAAUUCAUACCAAAGAGAAACCCCACAGGUGUCGUCACUGAGAAAACCUGUUGCAGAGUGUUACUCGUCAUCUGAAAACUUGUGUUAGAAAUUGAGCAUGUUCUCUGUUGGAGAAUACAGGAGAGCGAUCCAGAGGUUAUUUUGCACUAAUGAAAACCUUCAACUAUAUCUCUCCUAGUUUUACAGUGCAGUGUUAUCUCAGGAAUUUUUAUAAACAGAAGGUGACAUGGACAUAGAAAAACCCAAGCUCUGCUUUCAUACCACCCUGCCAAGUCUUUGGUACUUGCUUAUGGAUUUCUUCUUUGAGUGGAAAGGAUUUUGGUUUAGUAGGUAAAGGACCUUGACCCUUUAUAUGUCUUGUAUAUACAUUCAUUGCUGUCCAGUGUUAAAAAAUUGAGGACAACCAGGCAUGGUAGCACACGCCUUUAAUCCCAGCACUCGGGAGGCAGAAGCAGGCGGAUCUCUG